GUAAAAAAUGCAACCUUUUCCACAUCACACAAAACUAAUACAUCAACUUUACGUUUUCACCUGCUCUUAAGAAACUCCUACACAUGUACAAACUUGAUAAUUAAUCAGUCCAACACAACACACGAUUUGCAGCUAAUUUACAAAAAACACGCAACUACAUGAUCUUCCCACAUGUCGAGUAAUGAUAAGCAACCAAGUUGUGACACUUGUCACCAGGUUUUUUUCACCCUUGGCACUUUACGGCGACAUAUUGCGGUCAUCCACAGCACCAUGGAACGACCUCGUUUCCCGUGUUCAUUCCCCGGCUGUUCGAAAACCUACCUAUAUAAACGACAUAUCUUGGAACAUGUGAAAAUUGACCACGCCAAGAAUCCGGUCAGAUUUCCUUGCACACUUUGUGGGAAGGAAUUCAAAACGAGAACUGAACUUGAGCGUCACAUUCCCACCCACACGACGGAGAAACCGUACAAUUGCGCUACUUGUGGGAGGAGUUACGCCAAUAGGGGAAACAUGAUAUCGCACCAGAAGACGCAUUUGGAAAAGUCUACCCGACCGGUGUCAAAGUGUCACGUGUGUCCGCAGACCUUCUUAAGUAGUCGUGGCCUACAAUACCACAUCCGAGCUGUGCAUGAAAGUCGGAGGGAUCAUCCAUGCGAAUUUUGUGACAAGAGACUCUCCACUCCGGCCAGUUUGAAGCGUCACGUGGGAGUGAUGCAUGUCAUGAAUAAGGGGCUGAUCCGUUCCUGCGACAAAUGCGAGUACAAGAGCUACUUGAUCGACAAUUUGGCCAGGCACAGAAUGCGUCACAAUCCAGCGAGGCAUGAGUGUUACUUCUGUAGGAAGAAAUUCUUCUCUUUUGGCGAAUUGGGCAAACAUUUUUCAGUUCAUACUUUAGAAAGUUAAAAUACUUAUCUAUGAAGCGGGCAUAUGUAUGUAGCAAUAAUUUGCGAAUUUUUAUUUGCGCCAUGUGGCUAAAAUUAGAAGAAAGCUAUGGGAUUUUAUUUGCAAAUUUAUGUGUGUAAAUACGUACUAGCUGGGCAUUUGGUUACUUUGCUAGAAUAUUUCACAAACCUUAUUGAUAAGCGAACUGCAUAAGUGCGUUAUAUUAUGAGUAGGUUCACUUAAUAUGAUGUAAAAUUGCAAAUGACUUAAUUAUUUUAUUUAAUAAAAAGGCAUUUAGGCAAAUAAUAAUUUUGACUUUCU